CAGCCAGCCGUCGAAUGGAGCGUGUGCAUCGAAGCCACAACACAGAGUCAGACACUGAGACUUGGCGGGUCAGCAGCUGCCGCUUCUCUCGACUCGACCGUCGCGGCUUUUGGUAUGUUACAGUUAUCCUAUGCCUUCAUCCCUGCUGUGAGAGGUGGACUUCUUUAUCCUUAAAACGCUCGGGGCGCCCCUUCUUCGCGCUCCAAGUCCUCACGUGUCAGCAACUCGGCCUCGUGAUUUCAGUGCCACAAGCAGCUGUUUUCUCAGUAAUAAGUUGGACCUUAAAGGAAUCAACCACAUAAACAUGAAGAAACUUUAAAUGUCCCGGUUACGAACAAAAGUACCAGCUAAAAAUAAGAAAACUACUCACGUCCAAGAAUUAAAUCGCACUGAAGAAGAUGUUUCUAAGCGUUUUAGACCCUAGUCAUUCUGAAGAGGAAAAGGGCUUUGCGUUUAUUUAAAAAUCAAUCCUGCUAAACAGGAAGAUAAGAAGGCGCAUAAUCAAGAAAACCUAUCAGCCUGAACUGGAGGGUAACCUUGGAAGCUCCAGAAAACCAUCAGUCUGAACAGAAAACCUUCAAAUGCUCUGGGAGCCAUUCCUACAGGAGGGGAUGAAAGCUUUCCGUGUUUGAAGACUAAGUUGUUGCACGGAAGAAGGGCAAACUUUCUAUACUACAGCACGUGCUAAAGACGGUGGAAAUCUAGAUGCUCAAAAAUCGAACUGUACGUAACUUCGCUCCGAAAAUCGCCGAAAACUCUCCGAAAAGAGGAUUAAUUGAGGUGACCCAGGAGGCAGACAUAUCGAAAGAAGGGGAAAGAAAGUUGAGACACUCCAAACACAAUGCGGGGUAAACUAGGCCUCAGUCGAUCACUUUUACAGAUGAUGCAAUUCCUCUUCUUUUGCACAUUAUGUGCUUACUUCACUUUCCAUCUGAGCUUCACAAGUGAAGAGAUUUCCGUGUUGAAACGCCGCGCUCUGUCUUCCGGAGAUAUUCAUCUGGGGGAGGAACUGGCUGGAAAUAGUGACAAAGAAAAUUUCUCGAGCCGUUUUGCAACAGUCAGACCUCCAAAUAUAACAGAUGAGGACCUUCAGAAAGAAAACAACUCCUUCCUGCCAUUUGGCCCCGAUGAAAAUGCACCUGGAAAACCUGCAGUUGUCCCGACGGUGUUUCCCAUUGAAGAGUCAGACUUUUGCCAGAAGAACAGUAAUCUGGACAUCAUUGCCUAUGUGCACUCGUCCAUCAAUCGUUUCACUGCAAGGGACAUCACGAGAGCAACUUGGGCAAACGCCACAGCUCAAAACCUGGGUGUUAAGAUCGGUGUCGUCUUCAUGGUAGGCAGACCCAAGAAUGAAAAGGAGGCCAAAAUUUUAAAGGAAGAGAGUGACCGUUACCACGACAUUGUCCAAGGUGAUUAUGCUGACCAUUACCGUCUCCUCUCCUACAAGGGUCUUGCUGCCUUGCAUUGGAUAAACAAACACUGCUCCCAUGUAAAGUGGAUGAUGCACUCGGAUGAUGACGUCCACAUAGACAUCUUCUUGUACUGGCAGAAGAUAAAGGAUUUGAGUGAAGAUGUCAAGGAAAAGUUUAUCUGUAGCCAUAUGUAUGGGCCAGCACUGAGAUCUGGAAGGUGGUAUGUCAGCUAUGAGCAGUAUCCUAAGAGGGACUAUCCCCUUUAUUGCUCCGGAGGACUGUGGUUCCUACAGACAAAGAAACUACCCCUUUUGCUGGAGGCAUCUAAAACAGUCCCUUUCCUGUGGGUAGAUGAUGCUUACCUCACAGGACUUCUGGCGAUUAAGGCUGGCAUUGAAAGACACCCAUUCCAGGAGUUUUAUGGACAUCCAAAACCACAGCUGGACGAUAUUGGAAAAAAAGUCGCUUGGUUCUUUCUGCAUCAGAGUCGACUCGAGGUCUGGAAUAAGGUGGUUGAAUAUCACAAAACACAAAGAGCAAAUCCAAUAAUAGUUCAGUCUUAGCAAAUCACUCAAAAAUAUUUAAGCAACCUGUUGUUGUCUUUAGUUCGAAAAUAGUAAGCCGUGAACAGUGACGAUAUUGGUGGUAGUUACGAUGGCGUACUGUAUUGUCCAUAAUUUGUCGUGAACUCCACUACGUAUAAUUUGCUAUUAUUAUUAUUAUUAUUAUUAUUAUUAUUAUUAUUAUUAUUAUUAUUAUUAUUAUUAUUAUUAUUAUUAUUAUUAUUAUUAUUAUUAUAUUAAUUUCCUUUUUCAUUCACGUUUUUAUUUUCUUCAGGUGACAAAGAAGUAAACGAAGUUUGUUUAGAAUGUCCUUCAUCAUUAAGUAUCUCUGAUACUUUACAACUGCAUUAUAAUGUUGUUGUUUAUGUACAAACACUAAUGCCGUCAGUGGUUUAUUUCUAAUUGAGGCAUAUGCAUGAAUUCCUUCUGAGCGUACAUUUUUAAAAACACAUAAAAUUUUCUUAAACUUAAUAAGACGUCCUUAAAGAACCUUGUAUCAAAACUGGAAAGAAAGCGACAGUUGUAUAUCAGCCAAGUUUCAGACCCAUAUAACCAGAGGAACUGAGUCAGAGACACAGCAUCUCAUUUGGUUAUGCUAAAUGCACAAGUCCACGCCAGGCUGCUUCUUCCCUUCACCGCCUUACCGCGUAUAAGAAAGGACCCGUGCUAGCAGAAGGUCGGCUUAAUCUAAUCAACAAGCCACCUGGAGAGGUUGGAUUUAACAACGGUACAAAACUGGACCGAGGAGUACGGAUUGUCACAAGUGAUUUUCUUUUCUAGAGAUUAUCGUCACGAGUUUAAUAAGUUCAACAAGUGUGGUUUAAAGUUUUGACAGUAGCUGACAUCUUAUUCGUGGAAAGUAUUUUUCUAAUGUUCUCUCAAACUGUGUCUGUAAUUUUCGACUUAAGGAAAUCAUGCCCCUUAUGGUUCAUGUAUAAUUUAAGGAAAGUAUUAUUUUUCAGAUUAAAAAUGGACAACAAA